AUGGAUUCCAAAAUUCUCGAAGCUUCAAACAAGCACCCCAAACCUGCCGAUCGGGUUUUCCAAUAUGGAACCGCGGGCUUUCGUAUGAAGGCUAACCUUCUCGAUUCCGUCGUUUUUCGCGUUGGUCUCGUCGCUGCCCUUCGCUCGCGCAAAUUGGGUGGUCAAACCAUCGGAGUUAUGAUUACGGCGUCGCACAACCCACCUGAGGAUAAUGGUGUAAAGCUAGUUGAUCCGAUGGGAGAAAUGUUGGAGAAUAGUUGGGAGGCAUACAGUACACAGUUGGCCAAUGCGAGUAAUGAGGAUGUGGUGAACGUUUAUCGCAAGUUGGAGAAGGAUUUGAAAAUCAACCCAGAAACUCCCGCGAGAGUCAUUUAUGCCAGAGAUACUAGACCUUCGGGACCAAAAUUGGUAGCGUCUCUUAUCGAUGCUCUUGAGGCGACGGGAACAGAUUAUACGGAUUACAAGUUGCUUACAACACCGCAAUUGCAUUAUUUGACUAGAUGCACGAACACUGAGGGUACACCACAAGCUUAUGGAGAUGUUAGUGAGGUUGGAUACUAUGAGAAAUUGGCAAAGGCUUUUGAGAGAGCUAUGAAGGGAAAGAAGACUACUGGUUCAGUCACCGUCGAUUGUGCCAACGGUGUGGGAGGUCCCAAAUUGGCUGAGUUGAUCAAGUAUCUACCAAAGGGAAUCCUCGACAUCAAAGUAUUCAACGAUGACGUUUUGAAAGCAGAGAGCUUAAACCAGGAGUGCGGUGCCGAUUAUGUCAAGACCAAACAACGAGCUCCCCCUUCAUCGAAAGCUGGAAACAAUGAUCGAUGCUGCUCAUUAGAUGGAGAUGCUGACAGAAUCAUUUACUAUUUCAAUGAUUCUGACCAUGGUUUCCGUCUAUUGGAUGGUGAUAGAAUUGCUACACUCGCAGCUUCAUUCAUUGGUGAUCUUGCUAGAGAAGCUGGAUUGGCCGAUGAAUUGAGAAUCGGUGUUGUACAAACUGCUUACGCCAAUGGUGCUAGUACAAAGUAUGUUGAGAAGACCUUGAAGCUUCCUGUCGUUUGUACUCCUACUGGUGUCAAAUGGUUACAUCAUGCUGCUACAAAAUUCGAUGUUGGUGUUUACUUUGAAGCAAAUGGUCACGGCACUGUAGUAUUCUCCCAACAAGCUUUGAAAGUAUUUGCUAGCACGACCCCAGAAUCUCCUGCUCAGGCCAACGCCUUGGAAACUCUCCGUGCUCUCACCGAUCUGAUCAAUCAAACGGUUGGAGACGCACUCUCUGAUAUGUUACUGGUUGAGACAAUUCUGGCCCACAAGUCUUGGACACCAAAGGAGUGGGAUUCUACCUAUAUUGAUCUACCCAAUCGUCUUGUCCGAGUUGAAGUUGCCGACAGAAACGUUUUCAAGACAACCGAUGCUGAGAGAAAGCUCGUAGAGCCACAAGGCACACAACAACAAAUUGAUGCACUUGUCGCAAAAUUCAAGGAUGGUAGAAGUUUCGCAAGAGCAAGUGGCACGGAAGAUGCUUUGAGAGUAUAUGCCGAAGCUGCCACAAGAAGUGAAGCUGAUGAUCUUGCAAGUAAGGUAGCUUCCUUGUGCAAGCUUGAGGGAAGCAUUACAGGUUAG